CUACAGUGCUCUUGUGCUCCUUCCUACCUCGCUUCGGUCGUGCUUCGGGCGGCGCGACUCCCUCAAGUGAACAAAUUGUUAUCAUCUAGGCUGUAUCUCCACCAUACCCCCUACAUAUCUACCUCAAACAUAGAAGACAGCGACGCGCAGACCUCUUCGAAUCCGAUUAGACAACCAGCGUAUCUAUGCAGCCCUCUCGCAGCUCGAACCAGUUCCCCACCACUCAAGAUCGACACGGAGACAGUCAUGACCAGCAACUGCAGCCACAGACGCCACGACCACGGGCAGAGGGUGCGAUAGCGCGGACGGUGUCGGAGGGGAGCACGACGGGGAAGCGGAAGGCGGACGAGGUGGACUCGGGCACACCCCCGGACAAGAAGGAACACAAAACCACCUUUGCAGCGGACAACCGACCGCACAGACAAAGCGGGACGUCUGCCACUGCCUCUACAGCUCCUUCAUCCUACACGCGCAAGCGAGCACGACUGUCCAAUGCAUCAUCCCCCGACGCUCGCUUGCGCCCACGGGCCGAACGCAGCCCCGGGCACCGCCAACACCAGCACCAAUCCUCUCCUUCGCCCUCCCCCCGCGCGCACGUCCACCGCCAGCACUCCUCCCACGGCCGCCACGACUCGACCGCCAGCCGCGGCAGCCGACGCAGCACCGGCCCAGGGGGCACCAUGCCCUUCGCCGCCAUCUUCGAGCCGCCGCAGGAAGCGAGCCUGCGCCCGCCUUCGCGCGCCACCCGCCCGCCCUCCCGCGCGCCGUCCUCCGUCCGCCGGCACGUACCCAGCGUGCACCGCGCGCCGUCACGCAUCUCGCGCAGCAGCAUGAUCUCGGGGUCCUCCAUCCCGAUAUCCGCGCUCGUCGCGCCGAGGGCGCCGUCCGUGUCCAUCGCGUCGCAGAGCCGGCACUUCCAUAUGCGGGAUCCGCACCGGCCGCCGCGCGUGCACUCGACGCCGUGGUCGCUCUCCUUGCCCUCACCUGGGGACGACGAGUACCCGAGGUGGCAGCCGUGGAAGGGGGAGGGGGCGAGCCCGAUCCAGGCGUGGAUAUUCUUCGUGUCCUUCGUGCUGUUCCCAUUGUGGUGGGUUGGCGGCUUUGUGCUCAAGGUCCCGAAGACGCGGCGCAUAGGCGACACCGCGGACCUCGAGAAGGGGAAGAUGCCGGAAGCAGGGACGCACUCCAGGGACGAUUCCGUCGUCCUGGACGACCCGCAAGUCGAGCAUGAUGCACGCACCUGGCGCACUCGAUGUCGGAUAAUGGCCGUCGUCUCCCUCUUCACCUACGUCCCCUUCAUCGUCUGCAUUGCCGUCUUCGCUCCUCACUAGCCCGACCCGCCCGCUGGAUCCUCACGCGUUGCCCAACGUUAUGCUCUUCGUGCAGCAUUAGCCUCCCGCCGAGUUGCACGACGUUAUCCUCUUCCUUCCCGUCCGGUCUUCCUGCCGCCUGCCGCCCGCCCGCGUACGGACGAUCCGCCGUGUCCAUAAUAUGGCUCCCGCCCGCCCAGAGACGCUGUAUCGCACAGAGACACUGUAGCCGCUCCAGAUUGCUGUAGCCGCUUCGCAUCGAUAUCGCUGUAUCGCCUCGACUCGCUGUAGCCGACGAGAGUCGCUGUAGCCGCCUGCCAGACCGAAGGUCCCACACCAGCACUGUACUACACUCGCGUAUAAUGUCGCUGCUCGAGGUUAGCGACCAAGCUAGAUUACCUCGCCAUUCUUUUGUGCCUCUACUGUCCUUUUUGAGAACAAUGAAGCUAUGUUGUAUUAGUGAUGUGGG